UACAAACCAAGGACGAACACCCACACCCUGUAUGUGAGGGUGUUUUGGAAUGGUGUACUGUUAGCCAACAAACUGGACCCAAAUGAUGAAACCCUCUACGCAACCUGUGAUGUAAGUGCCCAAGAUGGAGCCCCAAAUGACCCCAACUUAGAGACCUCAGAAGCUGGAUGUCUGACUGAUGUGUGUAAUCUUGCGAACCUCCCUGAAGUAGAGAUCCUCAGUCUUAUAGAGGAGCAGAUUCCCAAGUAUCGCCUGCGGGCGGACACCAUCACCAACUUCUGUGGGUACGAGAACGAAGACUGGAUCCAGACCCCCCUCAUCCCCAUAGACGAGGAUCUAGAGCUCUCUAAUGAGCAGAUCCAGGAAACGCUCAAGUACUUUGUGCUAUGUUCGGACCGCGUGACCCAGAUGACUAAGACGUAUAAUGAUAUAGAAGCAGUAAACAGACUCCUGGAAGAGAAAGAAAGAGAUUUAGAGUUAGCAGCUAAAAUUGGACAGACCUUACUGACAAAAAACCAAGAACUUUCAGAAAAAAAUGAUGUAUUAGAGGAACAGUUAGUUCUACUUACAGAAAAGGUAAAUCAAAUCAAACAUGAGUUAUCACUGAAGGAUGGGCUACUGCAGGCCUUCUCAGAAACAGCUGAUUUGUCACCGGGCGAGGAGUCCUCCAGCAGCAGUAAUGACUGCUUACAGCACAUUGGAGGAGCCUGCGCUCUACAGACAAAAGUCAAAGAUCUCGAGGAGGAAAAUCUCAAACUCCGAUUAGAGACUGAGCAGCUUUCAGCAGAAACCUCUAAGUAUGAAGAAAAAGAACAGAGAUUGGUGGAUGAUUGUGUGGCACAGCUAAAUGCCAAGAAGAAGGAACUGGACCUCCUGGUUGAAGAUUUACUGAAGAAGACAGAGGAAUGCAGUGGUCAAAAGGAGGAAAUCACCAACCUGCUGGCUCAGGUGGUGGAUCUACAAAAACGCAUCAAGAUCGUGACUCUGGAGAACAUGGAGUUACAGAAGCACCUUGAAGCUUCACAAACUGCACAGAGACAGCUGACUUCAGAGCUUGCCAGUCUGAAGGACAAACAUGACGAGAUGUGUGCGAUGUACGAGCAGGCUCAGGAAGAGAUCCGUGAGCUGCGACGUAAACAAAAGCCGGGGGCGGUCAGACAUAACUACAUGUCCUCAUCAAUGCUGAGUCUCCCCUCAGACUCGCUGGCCUCAGAACUGGAGAGCUCACUCAGGAGCGAGUGUGAUUAUCCCCCCGGUUACUCACCAGCUGAGAGAAAAGUACACAACUGGAAGAUCUUCGAGACUGCUAAAGCUGCACUAAAGGCCGGAAAUUCCCGCAGCUCUAUGCCCGGAUCAAGAAGUUCCCUGGCCCCCUCUGUUAGCCCGAGCAUGCUAAAUCUAGGUCACAGUCCCCCCGGGGCCAGUAGCCUGGACAUGAGUCGUAACGACAGUGGUGGAGAAUCAGCGUCUGUAUCUACCAGGAGUUCUAUGUACUUCGCUGACGUGGAGGGGAGUGAAGCUCCGACAGAUUUAGCAGGUCUCAACAGUCUGUACAGGAAUGAGAAAUGUCAGUAUGGUAAACCAGGGAUUCCUGGGUCGAAUGAUCUGGAGACAGCCCUACGUAAGCUGUCAAUACGGCGAGCUAACGAGCUUAACGAGCGUGACUUCAGGGAAGACGAGGAGAAGAGACAGAGAGAAAGGAAUAGGACGGAGAGUGAUUUGUACGACACGCCGGGCACCUGUCGUACCCCGGACAGCACGCUAUCAACAGGAAGUGGACUGUCUCAGUUCUCACUGACAGGAAGUAACAACCCGUACUACCGUCUACCACAGAAACUACGAAUCAUCAAACCACUCGAGGGAUCUGUGACCUUGAGACAGUGGCAGCAGCUGGCGACCCCUAAGAUGGACAAACUGUUUGAGUCCAGACCUGGAGUGGCCACUAAAGGAGAGAGAAAGCUGGACAUUGAGGUGGAGACGUAUAACCUCAGUGACUUUGAGGAGGAUGAUGAUUACCAGGAAUGUCCCAGUAAGCGGUUUGAGGAGAGUUCUACCAUUAACACACUGACAGACUCCAAAGUCAAACAUCCAUCAGACUACAGCAGUGAUGAGGAAGAGACACUUUCUGAAUGUGAUAAAACUGACCCCAGAGUUACUCCAUCAUCCUUUACCUCAAGAAUGGCAACAGGUCAACAAGGUCACGACAAUGCCACUAGUACAUUCAGCGUAUCGAUGGGACUGGCAUCCAUUCUGAAUGAGAGAGAUCUGUUCCCGCCAUCCAAGGAUCCAAAAAGUAAAUCAGAACCCGCCGGGAAUCCCGACAGGGUUGACAGCAUUGUGUCCGAUUCCCAUUUUGAGAUUUCCAAAAUCACAACGUCUUCCACGUACACCACCAAGACAGACAGCAGGACAGAGGUGUCUAUGGGACUAAGUUUACCCACUUCUGGCACUGGUAUACCAGAACCGAGUUUACCCCACUCUUCUGCUACACCAUACAGGGGGUUACCAUUUGAUCACCUUAACCAGGGCACUCAUGUGUUGAUGGACACCCUGAAACAUACAGGAUACUCAGUCCUAAACUCCAGGUACCUCGGGGGGUUUCUAGGUUCUCAGAAAAAAGAGACAGACACUGCGCCUACUUCCGUAUCCAGUAGUCAGACUCCAGUGUCAUCAACAGCUGACAAAUCGGAUGUGAUUCAUGUGACGGCUGGGAGCAUGACAAAGGCUGAAGUGUCAAGGAUAAGCUCCUUGUUUGGGCGUGCCCUACCAGGGGGCGUGUCGGGGGCGUUAACACAGCUACGCCAAAACGGUAUCUUCUAACAAUACAGCAAUUAAGACUGUAGAGAACAUGAUUAACAGAGACACUGACUCUAGGUGAUGGGUUUCUGUGGUGUGUGCCUUAUCAUGUAGCAUUCAGAUUCACAAGCAUUAGUUAUCUACCUUGACCUAUAUACAAUCAUCUGUGUGGCAUUUGUUAUCUGCUUUAUAUGAAUCAUUGCAAUCGUUAUCUUAGUUUUUACCACCACAUUUGUUGUAAUGACAUACUGUAUAUGUACUUAGAAGAAUUGGCAAUAUUAUAGCAAAGGACUAAGUACCAAACCUUGCCAAGGCCUUUAACAGGGUCUGAAUUGUCUCACACUAGUCAGGUUUUAAAGCAUUUACAGGAGAAACAUAUUGUACUUUUAAUUAAUAUCUACUCUGAGGUAUGCAUUUUAUUUACUUCCCAGCAAAGUCUUAAAUUAACUCUUCCACAAGGUUAAAGAUUUACACCAAAAAGAAAUACUUAAGCAUUGAUCUUGUAAAAUAAAAUAGAAAGAAGUUACAAGUAGAAUUUUUGCUCAUGUAUUGAUCUCUCUCAUUUGUGUGCUAGUAGGAAAAAAGGUUAAAAUGUUGAAUUAUAGUUAAAUUGUUCACAUCCAUGUAAGAAUUCCAGUGGCAGUAGAUAGACGUUAGAUUGAUAUUCCAUCAGUUAGAACUAGGUCAUGUUGAGUUUACUUUAUUGGCAUUAAACAGUACAUACCAUAUGUGGUCACACUGUAUAUUUUACUGCUGGUUAAUUUUCCCUGAUGGCUGCGUAUUAAUGUUUCCCAAGUAUGGGGUUGGUGUAGUCACACACAUUUACGUGUACAUGUACAUGUUUUACUAGGUAAGUGUUUGUAAUAUCUACCUGCUUUUAUCAUCCUCCAUGAGGGAAUUCCAGUUGAUAUGUGCUUGUUUAAGUUUUCACUGUAAACAUUAUUUUCAUAAAUUUAUAAGAUUUGUGCUGUAGACCAGUAAUUAGUCAGGGAUUCCAGUGUUUUUGUGAUAUAACCUUUGUGAUCAUGUAUAUACUGACUGUAUAUAAUAUAACUGUGCUGAUUUUAUGUUAAUGAGAAAUUUUUACCUGGAGUUUUACGAAAUCGGCAAUUAAUGUUCCAAGACACAGAUUUGGGUCAGAGACUGACAAAGUUAGGGCUGUGUUGUGUCAAAUGUUGUACUAAUCAAGUUCUGUACUAAUUAAUACUGUGGUUAAAAGUGAAGAUGUCAGUUUACUUAGUCUAAUGAUUAUAUAUCUGUGAAGACAAAUUGGGUGCAUUAUAAGAAUCUCAGUCUCUCAGUGUUUAGUGUGAAAUACAGCUGUUACAAUUACGUUUCCAAGAAAUGUCUUUCAAAUGUGUUGUUCAUUUAAUUACUAAAAUGACCCUUUAAAAAUUUUUAGAGAUUGAAAUAUAAUCUACCCUUCUACACAAAGUGUGAAAAAGUUCAGAAAAUUGAAGCUUGUGAAUAUAUGUAUGAAUAUAUAUGUCAUAUGCAAAAGCAGAAAUUGUAAACAUGUACAAAAUAUGUAGGAAUUUAACGUUACGUCCAGUUUGUUUUAUUUUCCUUUCGUGAUUGUAUCUGUUCAGUGUUGAUGACAAUUGUUCUUUCUAAAUGUAAAACAUUCACCUGCCAUUCAUUCAAACAAGAAUUUUUGUAAUCCAGUGCUUAGAUUAAUUGUCCAAUUUUUGUUUUGUUUUAAUAAUUUGGGUCCAUUAAUUUGUGAUUUCCCUGUUCUGAAAGUUAAGCGGAUUCAAUGAGCAGGGCUGAGAUUUAUUUGACAAAGAAAUCUUUUCACUAAUGAGAAUUUUUUUGUGUCAUGACUUUCCUAUUUUGUAACCAGAAUUGUGUUGUGAUAUAUACAUGUAUUUUAUUUUUUACGUCUAGGAUAUAUAUACGUUAAAGGGGAUUAAAUAACUUACGUCUACACCUGUAAGCGGAAUCUUGUAAUCUUAGUACGGACAAAAGGCAAGCUCUUUUGCCCUAAGACUUAUUAAAAUCUUAUAUGUUCAUAUGUGCCAAAGUUUUAAAUUGAUUUUGGAUAGAUUUUGUUUUAAGUGUAGAUAGAAGUCGGGAAGUAUAUCCUGAGUAGUGAAUAUUAAGUCGUUAGUUCUAUACUUUGCCUACACCUGAUUUUGUACUUUAACGAUAUUUUUUUUCUCUUUCACUUCUUUACAAAAAACUUUAAGUUAAUGUACACCUGUGUCAUGUACAAAUUCUUUUCAGAACCUUGGAAAGUAAUUUACAGAGUUUUUAUACAUAGAAUAUUAUUUGUAUUUAUUAAGCAAAAUUUACUAAAUUGUCCGAGAUAAAUUUACCGUUCUGAUUUGUGGGCCGUUGAUUGUGGGAUGGACACAUCCCAGUAUGGGUGCUAAGUUUCGCUGUAGGAAGCCUGUUUUUAUUGUUUUUGAUUGUUUUCCUUUGAUUACUAUGCAACAGACCAGAGAUCUAUAUUCCCUGGAUUCUGUUAUAGAAAAUAAACAAAGAGUAAAUUA